GGGAGGCCCUGGCACAAAAGGCUUGUCAUCUUUUCUCCUCUUCUUCCUACCUUGGGCUGUCUUGGAGUCUGGUCAGAGGGGUUGGGGAUCACUGUGGGCAACCCUCAGAAGUGGCUACACUGUGGAGCAAGGCUGUGGCUUUUCUGUUCCUAUCUCUCUCCUGCCCAGGUUACAUGGGGCUCUAAGGCUGUGGAUCCCCCCAAGGACCAGCUAAGAAGGUAUGAGGAUAUCACUAGGGCCUCAUGAGUGACCCCAUGAAAGCUUUGACUUAGUGGCUAAAGUCUUUAGAGAGGCCAUUGUCCCUCUCUAGGUGUCAGUUCUGUCAUCUGUAAAUUGAGAAUGGUGAUCCUUGCUUCAAGUGCAAAGUUGCUAUGAGGAUUCUUAAGCUACUGAUAGAAGAGCUUUAUAAGCCUUAAAGUGCAGUGCAUGGAGGAGGAGUGUGAUACUCAUAGACUUAAAUCCACUUUGAAGAUUAUAAGAGAACACAGGUGCAAUAGCAAAGGAUUGUGCUCAUUAUUGAAAUUUAAUUAUUGAAUGCCUUCCUGCCCCACCACCUCUGCAGAGACGGCUUAACCAGUAACAAUUUACGACAAUCUUUUGUCCUCCCACAGCCCUGUGAGCCCAAUUGUGUUUCCAUUUCGCAGAUCAGGAAAUAGAGGCCUGGAUUGUGUCUUGUCACCAGGCUGAGGGGAAAUCUGGGGCUCCUGUCCACCUGGCGGCUUAGCCCUCCCCAUCUGAGACAGAAGCCCUGUCGGGGUCCUGGUCUUCUGGCUCCCAGGUCGAGGGGAGUUUGAAUUCUGCCCUGGGAUCAUGCAUUUGGGGUUUUCUUGUGGCCAGAUUACCCAACUGCUGAUAAGAUAAUGCCAGCUGAGACCUGCCCACAGGGCCAGAGAAGCCUUGUUGAUCUGAUGAGGGAAGUGGGGGUUGCCCCUCAUGUCUUCUGCCCAAACUGCCUCUCCCCAAAGCGCUUUCCAUAGGCCUGCCUGGUGUACCCUCUGAGCCACACCUUUCUCUUGGGUGCUCUUAGGUGGUCAGGCCUGGCCUCUCCUUAUACUGGGCCCUGAUGGGAGGAGGCUGGCUGUGUGGGCCACUCUGACCUCUGUACUCAUCCAGAGGCCAGUCGCAGGACUAGGCUAGGCGGUCCCUGCUUUCUCUCUUUGUACCCAUCACCCAGCACAGGUUGGGCUCAGAGCAGGUGCCAGUGGGUAUCUGGGAAAUGAGUGGCCAGGUGGGAGUAGCCACGCAGCAGAAGGGGAGGCUUUGCUCCAUGGAGAGCCACACUUGGUUCUGGAGCGGUGGAGUUCUUUCACCCUUGUUACCCCAUCUCCUAGGCCUGAGUCUUUCCUGGUCCAAGAUGAGUAGCGGGAGUGUCUGCUAGGAGGGCGAGCAGCCUGGGCCCUGCGGAACAACUCCUUGGCCCUCUACUCUGGUACCUUGUCACUGUCAGCAUAGCUCCUGGGUGAGAGGCCUGGGUGCUGGAGCAAGGGAAGAGGGCUUCCCUCAGGCUUCUGGGACCCACGUGGCCUCUCCCUCCCCAGGUCUGAGGAGAGCCUCUGAGUGUGGGCGUGGCCUCCUGGUGAGUGCCCAGCCACCCAGCCCUGGCUUGUAGGAGAGGGACUCUUGCUGUGGCUGGACACUUGCAGGAAAUCCAGGGCCAAGGGACCUGCUCCUCUCACAGCACCACCGUAUGUGUCGUCUCCUCCUUGGUCUCUCUCCCUCCAGACUCCCUGUCCCAUCUACCUUCCAUAUGGCGCCAUCUUUGUAAAGGUCAACUCUGACCACAUCCUUCCCCUCUUAAGCCUUCCAUGGCUCCUCAUUGUCCUCAGAAUAGUGGCCAAGCUCUUCGGCCUGGCAUUUGAGCCUUUUCAUGUGAAUUCUUCAUUCCCCCCACCACAAUCCAUGCCACCUCACCCUCCACAGCAACCACGGAAGACCUGCUGGCCUUUUCCCAGCAGGUCACACUUUCAUCCACCAAGUCUUUGCUCAUGCCUCUUCUGCCUUCACAGCCUGCCUCCCUCUUUGUCUAUCUAACAAACUCCUAAUUAUCUAUCGGGUUCCAGCUCUUAUGACCCGUCCUCUGCAGAAGCACUCCCUGACCACCUCCCCAGGCCAGGUAGGAGUUGCUGUUCGCUCCAUGGCCCCUGGGCUUGCCUUGGUUGUGGUUUAUUCACCCAAGUGGAUUUGGUCCCUGUUUAUAUCUCUUUCCCCAAUCAGACUGGGUACUCCUCAAGGGCCCAGCAGAGUGUGAUGUGAGGCCGGGUGUGGCUGGGUGCACCAGAGCACUGGCAAGUGUUUGCUGGGACUUUGUGGUUGCUGGGAAUGUGAUUUAAGAUUGCAUUACUCUUGUGGCUCUUAGAAUCUCAAAACCAAAGGUUAUCAGGAGCAACGAGUGAUAGAAUUGAAGAAACACUGAGCCUUCACACGCGGAGCCAGAGCCCCUCGGAAUUAGACUGUGAGAAUCAGUGAACUCAGAAUCCUGGAGGCACCUGGAGUGAGGCCAUCUCAGAAUCACAGACUUGCACGGUUCCUGAUCAAUGCUUUCAUCCCCCUUUCCAUCUUGGGUUCUCCAUCCACCUUCUUUCCUCCCAAGCUGGACCCUUCCUGCUCCUCCUCAAAUCUCAUUAUAGCUCCCUCCCAGGGACAAUGCCUGACUGGUCUGACCAUGACCUCUGUCCCUCUGCUGGGGACACCUAGGAGGGCCUCCUUGGCGAGCAGUGUUGUGGGCUCCUGAAUUUCAGUGUCUUCCUUCCUGUUGUGACAGGCAGAUGCAGCCUCCACCUCAGGACAGUUUAUGAUUUAUUAGUGCCAUGGUGCACCCACCUGCCCCCUUGUCUGAUUCCCCAUGAGCUGUCCUGUGCAGCGGCGAUUCUCCCCAUCUGAGCAGUGAAGAAACUGAGGCUCCAAGAGGGGGGCUGACUUCACCAAGACUGCACAGCAUGGGUGGUUCCAAGUUAGAGCCUGAACCCAGGGUUCUUGCCUCUUGAAUCUGGAGGCAUUUGGCUGUGACAGGUUGGGGUGGUGGUCCAGGACACUGUGGUUUAAGCCUGCUUAAUUUAGUAGCAUGGCUCUGUAGCCCUGUUCUGGGCUGUGCUUGGUUGUAGGUGAGAUGGGUGGUUUGGGGUUCUGCUCUGGGUUGGGGGUGAGGUUGUCAAACCCACACUGAUAGUAAUUAGAACACCAGACCUUGAGUAAGGCCCUUCCGCUUUAGAUCUUUCUGAUCUGUAAGCCUGGCUGAUCUGAGACUCACCUACUCAGAUGCUGCUCUGAGCUCGGCCUUGGUGAGUGGCAUCCACAGCCAGGAUCUUGGGGGGUCCCCGAGAGAGCACCUGGGAGGGGGUACAGAGCCCAAGGGCCUCAUGAAGAGAAAGCCUCACACCACAAAGGCACCAGCUGAUAGCAUCUGAGGUUACCCAACAGCCAUUUCCACUCCCCGGUGCUCCCGGUGCAGAAGCGUGGCAGGCCAGGCAGGGGGCCUGCUGGCCUUGGGCCCUUGAAGGACAUUUGGGAGGAGUCGGGGGUGACUUCUAAGCUCCUCAGCCUGUGCACUCCAGCCUUGCCCUCUUCACUCCCCUCAAGCCACCAGGGUGAUGAGCAGUUCCUCACACGUGUCAUGUCCUCUCUUGUUCAUCCUCACUCUGCUCCUCCUCCCUCUCCACCACCUGAGUCCUACUCAUCUUCCCAAAUGCAGGUCAGGUGCUCUCUCCUCCAGGAAGCCUUCCCUCAUCACCCCUCCAUUCUUGUGAGGCGCCUCCUUGGCUUCCUCCAGGCCUGAUCACCUGUGUUACCUGCCUGUUUCCAAGUGUGCCUCCCCUGACUUUGAGAUCUAACCCAACUCAUAGUCCCCAGGUGCCCUGCUCAACUAUGGGCAUAGAUGUGACAACCUUUGUGAAGGGUGAGUGAGUGAGAAAGUGUGGUAGGUAUCUGGCUUCUGCUGGGGAAUCCCUGGUCUGGCUUCCCCCUUCAGUGUGGGAAACCUGAUCUGUGACUAUUCUGGUUGUGGCCUUCCUAUAGCCCCUGCCCGUAAUUCCUGUGAGGCCUCCUGCCUUUCAUGUCUUCCUGAGAUACCCCCACCCUCCCUACCUUCUUUACCUGCUGAAAUAUUCUCUCUUACUAUUUCAUAAAAUGAGUCUAAAUCAUCUUACUAGCUCAACAACCCUCUGAGGCAGGUACUGUCCUGUUAUCAAGAGCAAAUUGAGAUCUGGGUUUUGGAGUUAAGAGAUUUGUCCAGGUCUUACCACUGGGAAGAGCAGAACUGGGAUUUCCCACCUGCCUAGUGCCCUCUCUUGCCCCCUCGAUGUAUUUCUGGGACCAGGUCCUCUGUUUCCCCUCACAGCACCCCAUCUCCGGCAGAGACAGGCAGCAGGGGUCUCCACACAGUGGUGACAGGACAUUCUCCCCUACCAGGCUAGAUGGGGUCUGCCACCAGGCAGAGAGGCACAUUCCAGAGCCACUCAACUGGAGGAGCUGGAAUGUUGUCCAACUGCCCUGGAAAUUCCGCAGCGGCCUGGGAGCUGCCCAGCUCCUCCUCCUGAUUUGGGCCACACUAGCCUAGAACCAUAGAGAGAAGACCCAGAUUGGAGUAGGGACAGAGCCAGGUCAGGGGGCUAGAGGUCCUGAGGUCCAAAGCAUGCUAGGCUUGGCUUUGCCCUUGACUCACUGGUGCCCUUGGGUAAGACCUUGAGCUACCCCUUUCUGGCUUUAGUUUUUCUACCUGUGAGAUGGGUACAAUAGCCACCAUGACCUCCUCACACUAAGAAACCACAUGACUGCAGUGUGAAAGCUGAACAGACCUGGCAGGGGUGGAGGCUCGGAGGACAGUGAGGAGGCUGGUGCUGUGGGCUGUGGGAGCACGGGCCUCAGGCUGCAGCGCAGGGACCGUGUGGUGCAUGUCCAAGGAACUUCACUGGUUGAACUGAUAGGACUUGGAGCCUCUUGGGGCAGCAGCACGGCCUGCCCAGAAAAAUGUUGGAGGCUGGGCGUGGCCCCAGGCCUGGGGACCUGUUUUUCCUGUUUCCUGCAGAGUUCCCUGCAGCCCGGUCCAGGCGUGUGCAUUCAUGAGUGAGGAAUCCGAGCAGGUGCUGAGCAUCCUGACCUGGAGAGCAAGGGCUGGUCAGGGCGAUGGCAGCAGACCUGGACCCCUGGAAUGGCACCAUCAAUGGCACCUGGGAUGGGGAUGAGCUGGGCUACCGGUGCCGCUUCAACGAGGACUUCAAGUACGUGCUGCUGCCUGUGUCCUACGGCGUGGUGUGCGUGCUUGGGCUGUGUCUGAACGCCGUGGCACUCUACAUCUUCUUGUGCCGCCUCAAGACCUGGAAUGCCUCCACUACCUAUAUGUUCCACCUGGCUGUGUCUGAUGCACUGUAUGCGGCCUCCCUGCCGCUGCUGGUCUAUUACUACGCCCGCGGCGACCACUGGCCCUUCAGCUCCGUGCUCUGCAAGCUGGUGCGCUUCCUCUUCUACACCAACCUUUACUGCAGCAUCCUCUUCCUCACCUGCAUCAGCGUGCACCGGUGCCUGGGAGUCUUACGCCCUCUGCGCUCCCUUCGCUGGGGCCGGGCCCACUAUGCUCGCCGGGUGGCUGCGGGUGUGUGGGUGUUGGUGCUGGCUUGCCAGGCCCCCGUGCUCUACUUUGUCACCACCAGCGCUCGCGGAGGCCGUGUGACCUGCCACGACACCUCGGCGCCCGAGCUCUUCAGCCGCUUCGUGGCCUACAGCUCAGUCAUGCUGGGCCUGCUCUUCGCAGUGCCCUUUGCCGUCAUCCUUGUCUGUUACGUGCUCAUGGCUCGGCGGCUGCUAAAGCCAGCCUACGGGACCACGGGCGGCCUGCCUCGGGCCAAGCGCAAGUCCGUGCGCACCAUUGCCGUGGUACUGGCUGUCUUCGCCCUCUGCUUCCUGCCCUUCCACGUCACCCGCACCCUCUACUACUCCUUCCGCUCGCUGGACCUCAGCUGCCACACACUCAAUGCCAUCAACAUGGCCUACAAGGUCACCCGGCCACUAGCCAGUGCCAACAGUUGCCUUGACCCCGUGCUCUACUUCCUGGCUGGGCAGAGGCUCGUCCGUUUUGCCCGAGAUACCAAACCACCCACUGGCCCCAGCCCCGCCACCCCGGCUCGCCGCAGGCUGGGCCUGCGCAGAUCCGACAGAACUGACAUGCAGAGGAUAGAAGAUGUGUUGGGCAGCAGUGAGGACUCAAGGCGGACAGAGUCCACGCCGGCUGGUAGCGAGAACACUAAGGACAUUCGGCUGUAGGACCGGAACACUUCCGGCCUGCGCAGGUUUAUAUUGAGAAGAUGUAGGGGACCAGGAAUUGUGCAGAGGGCACGGUCUCCCCAGAUAUGGACCAUCAGUGACUCAUGCUGGAUGACCAAGGAAGCCAUGACCCCAUGCGCUGUCAUUUGGCAGGGGAUCAGGAUAUUCUCCAGAGUCAGCUCUUCCCAUAAGCCCUAGUCAUUAUUUGUGUGUAUGAGUUGGGGUAAUUAAGUUUCAAGAAAGGUGAGAGUUGAAAGUCAGUGACACUCCUGGCCUGACUCCCACACAAAUAGCUGGCUGUACUGCCAAGGUACCUAGGUAGGAGUUCAGUCUAAUCAAGUCCAAUGGAGAAACAGGCCCCGAGAGGAAGGUGGCUUACCAAGGUCACAUACCAGUCUGGAGCUGAGCUACCUGGGGUGGGGGCCAAGUCACAGGUUGGCCAGAAAGCCCUGGUAAAUAGUGAGGGCUGAGCUCGCACAGUGGUCUGGAAUGAACUGGGUGUCACGGUGGACUCAGCUCUGAGGAGUACCCCCAGCCCAAGAGAUGAACAUCUGGGGACUAAUGUCAUAGACCCAUCUGGAGGCUCCCAUGGGCUGGGAGCCAGUGUGAGGCUGUAACUUAUACUAAAGGUUGUGUUGCCUGCUGA